UCAUUUGUCAAAUGCCUGUUUCUAUUUUAUUGUCGAAAAGUGAAAAUAGAAAAAAAGUAGAAUCGUCGUAUUUUAAAAGGUAUCAUUUUGAAUAUUAAAUCGCAGUAAAACUUUGAACAUAUUAGUGCUUAACGGAUACAUAAUAUAUCGCAAUGCAAAGAGAAGAAAAACAAUUGGAAGCAACUUUACAUGCUAUAUUAAACAGAGUUAAUGAUUUGAAAAGUGCAAUUCAAGCUCUAAUAACAAAGUUAGAAACUGAAUAUGAAACUAUCCAUUGGCCAAGCUUCCUCGAUAAUUAUGCUAUUUUAUCAGGACAUUUAACGGGCCUAAGUAAAAUUCUACAAGCAGAGUUAGCUCCAUCACUGAGAUCUGUAGUGGUAUUACCUUUACAACUUGGCUGUGAACGUGACGAGGAACUUGCUAGACUCACAGAGGGCAGAGUUCCAGCAUGUACACAUGAUCUUGUCCCAGAUCUCUUGCGUACAAAACCUGAACCUCAAGCCGAACAGAGAUUGCAACAACUUAACCAUAAAGCCAGCACACUCAGUUAUGACACUGCUCAGAAACAAGUAGCUCAGUUCACGAAGGUCAUCAGUCAUGUUUGGGAAAUAAUAUCAAAAGGUCGGGAAGAUUGGGAAGGAGAAUCUAUGAGAUCAGCAGGAAUGCAACCAACGCACAGCAUUGCUGAUACACAUGCAUUGGUCACAGCUGUUGGAACAGGCAAAGGUUUAAGGCCAGGAAUGCCACCAUGUGUGCCCCAAGGAGUUGCCCCUGGUAUGGGACCAUCAAGAGGUCCCACCCCACAAAUGGGACCAUCAGCACCAGCCAUGCCUAAAGCACCAUCAGCUAUUAAGACUAAUAUCAAAUCAGCCAAUCAAAUCCAUCCCUAUCAACGCUAAAAUAAUUAUAUGAGUGAAAAAAACAAACAUUUUAAUAGUGUUAUUUAUUUGAAUUAAAACUAAUAAAGCAAUUGCAAGAAAUAAAA